UUCAAUACUAGCAUUAGAAAAUAAAUAAUACUAUAAUUAAUAAUAAACAUCGACCAACACUUAAAAUUAUAAUGGAAAACGCAAGUGCAAAUGUGACUGACACUAAUAUGGAUUUUGAUGCUUCUCAACUGGCCAGUGUUAAAGAGAUAUUUAAGUCGUAUAAUAAAUUAACAGAAUUAUGUUUUAUGGAUUGUGCAACAGAUUUUACAAUAGGUGAUCUCAAAAGUGAUGAAGUAAGGUGUGCUGAAAAUUGUACAAGCAAAUUUCUUAAAGCUUCUGAAAGAAUGACACAAAGAUUUCAAGAGUAUCAAUUAAUUAUGAAUGAACAUGUGAUUACUGCUCAACAAAAUGCCAACGCAUAAAAUAUUACCAUUUAUAUAGUACAUUAAGAUUUUAAAAACAGUUUUAAGUUUUAGAAUUAUGAAUA